UCCUCCUCCUGCUUCGCUGCUGCCUCGCCUCCAUCUCUUUGCCGACGCCACUGGCGUAGCCUGCUCGGGGAAGAGGGGAGCCGCGUCAGUCGCCGCCGCCGCGCUGGGUGGGAGCGGAAGCCUGUCCGUGAGGGGGAAAGGAGCCAUGGGUGACGCGGCCUGCCGUUCCGCCGCCGGCGCUUGUUAAAGAGGAGCGUCCUCCUCCUCGCCGCCGCCUCAGAAGAAGGAGAAGCCGAAAAAGAAGACGACGACCUCCUUCCUUCCUUCUCUCCUUCCUCGCUUGCUGGAGCCAUGGACAAAGCCGUCGGCGGCCAGAAUGUGAAAUUGUCUGCUGAAGUGGAACCGUUCAUUCCUCAGAAAAAGGCCCCCGAUUCAUUGGUGAUGCCCAUGGCCCUGCCGAAUGAUGGUGGAAACAUCAGCGGUGUUGAGCCAACUCCGAUUCCCAGCUAUCUGAUUACGUGUUACCCGUUCGUUCAAGAAAACCAAUCCAACAGACAACUUCCACUGUACAAUAAUGACAUCCGGUGGCAGCAGCCUAACACAAACCCUCCCGGGCCCUAUCUGGCUUAUCCCAUUAUAUCUACUCAGCCACCAGUUUCCACCGAGUAUACCUACUAUCAACUGAUGCCAGCGCCUUGUACACAAGUCAUGGGAUUCUAUCAUCCCUUCCCAACAGCUUACUCUGCCCCCUUUCAGCCUGCAAGUGCCAUAAACACAGUGGCAGCACAAUGCACAGAUCGUCCGGCCCAACCGAGCCAGGCCUUUCCGUUGUGUAGCCCCAGGAGCAGAAGUACCAGCAGAGGAUCGAUGGUGCAAAAACAGCAGCCGUCGCAACCCCACAUAAAGAGCAAAAGGCCUCCAGUGAAAAACGUUGCUAUCCAGAAGGAGACAAACUCUUCGGGCCCAGAGAACAGACCCAAAAUUGUCCUGUUGGUGGAUGCUUGUCAGCAAACAGACUUCCCUUCCGAGAUUGCCAGCAAGUCCCUAUCGGAGAGCGUGACUGGUCUGCACUGGAAGCCGAGGGGCAGGCGACGGCGAACCUCCCACCCUGCCGAGUCCUCAAGCGAGCAGGGGGCCAGCGAAGCCGAUAUUGAUAGCGACAGCGGCUAUUGCAGUCCGAAGCACAGCAACCAAGCAGGGGCAGCCAUCUCCAGAAGUGCUGAAUCAGCUGGAACGAAUAUCAAAGAAUCAUCCAUCCAUACAGGUGGUGCCAGCUGGGCAAGUGUCAGUUCUCAGGCUACUCAGAAGAAGCCUUGGAUAGAGAGAAACUCUUUCUCCAGAGGUGGAAGGCAACCAGAACAUCAGCACGAUUCAGAGCCUGGUUUUAAAUGUAGAGGUCACAGCACAUCUUCAGAAAGGAAACAGAGUUUGCAGAAGAAAAUUGAGAAACCAGUAAUCACAAGCCAGUCAAACAGAGUAGAGCAGAGCCCUGAACUGCUAUAUUUUGGGGAUGAAGAAGAGUUCCCGGAGCUAAAUUGCGAUAGCGGGCAUUCUAAAGCUAAGAACAUGCAGCUGAAGCACACACCCAAAAUGUUGGAUGAUCUACCUGAAAAUUCUCCAAUCAACAUAGUACAGACUCCGAUCCCCAUCACCACCUCUGUUCCCAAAAGAGCAAAAAGUCAAAAGAAGAAAGCUCUCGCAGCAGCACUGGCUACUGCUCAAGAGUAUUCAGAAAUUAGCAUGGAGCAGAGAAAGCUUCAGGAAGCCGUUUCAAAAGCAGCCGGAAAGAAGAGUAAAACUCCCGUGCAGUUAGACUUGGGGGACAUGCUGGCCGCGCUUGAAAAACAGCAGCAGGCGAUGAAGGCUCGUCAGAUCACAAACACCAGGCCCCUCUCUUACACAGUUGGCAGUCCAGUUCCUUUCCACACCAAAGAAUCCCCCAGCCGAAAGUCCUUCUCCAAAGGGCAGCAGUCAUCAGUGGGUUGCAUUAACCCUUUGGAUUCCACUAGCCCAAAAGUGAAACGAGGAAAAGAAAGAGAACUCUCAAAGUUGAAGCGUCCAACAGCACUGAAAAAGAUUAUUUUGAAAGAGAGAGAAGAAAAGAAAGGACGGUUGACCACAGACCACAGCCUUUUGGGAGGUGAUGAGGAGCAAGAGGUGCCACUGACUUCCAACCAGGCAGAAGAACUAACAUCUCAAGAAGAAACUGGUCUGAGUGUGCCGAGUGACACCUCCCUCUCUCCAGCAAGCCAGAAUUCUCCCUACUGCAUGACUCCCGUCUCCCAAGGUUCACCAGCAAGUUCAGGCAUAGGAAGCCCCAUGGCAUCGUCAACCAUAACCAAAAUCCACAGCAAGCGAUUCAGAGAGUACUGUAAUCAAGUUCUCAGUAAAGAAAUCGAUGAAUGCGUGACUCUCCUGUUGCAAGAGCUUGUCAGCUUCCAAGAACGAAUUUAUCAGAAGGAUCCCAUCAAAGCCAAAGCAAAGAGGAGGCUUGUAAUGGGCCUACGGGAGGUUACGAAGCACAUGAAGUUAAGCAAGAUCAAGUGUGUAAUUAUUUCUCCCAACUGUGAGAAGAUUCAAUCCAAAGGUGGACUAGACGAAGCUUUGUAUAACGUGAUCGCCAUGGCUCGGGAACAAGAAAUCCCUUUUGUCUUUGCCCUCGGACGCAAAGCGCUGGGCCGCUGCGUAAACAAGUUAGUUCCCGUCAGCGUGGUGGGCAUCUUCAAUUUUUCAGGCGCUGAGAACCUCUUUAAUAAACUGGUCUCUCUGACUGAAGAGGCCAGGAAAGCCUACCGAGAUAUGGUUUCAGCCAUGGAGCAAGAGCAGGAGGAGGCCUUGAAGAACAUUAAGAAGGUGCCUCACCACAUGGGCCAUUCCCGCAACCCUUCGGCAGCCAGCGCCAUCUCCUUCUGCAGUGUGAUUUCAGAGCCCAUUUCGGAGGUGAACGAGAAGGAAUAUGAAACAAAUUGGAGGAGCAUGAUGGAAACCUCGGAUGGUUUGGAAGCCUCUGAAAACGAAAGAGAAGCGGCUUGCAAGGUUACUACUUCAGAAAAACCCGGCACCCCUAAUGUCACUGCUGGUAAGCCCUUAUCUCUAGCCGCCGUUGGCCUCAUCGCCGUGGUGUCCCCGGCAAAACCGCUAAGCGGGAAGGAGGAAGCAAAGCCAGAUGACAACCUGGAAUGGGCCUCCCAACAAAGCACAGACACCGGAUCUUUAGAUGGCAGCUGCCGGGACAUUUUGAAUUCUUCCAUGACCAGUACAACCAGUACUCUUGUGCCAGGGAUGCUCGAAGAAGACGAGGAGGAGGAGGAGGAAGAGGACGAGGAGGACUACGCCCACGAACCCAUCUCCGAGGAAGUUCAGCUCAACAGCAGGAUCGAAUCGUGGGUCUCCGAGACUCAGCGGACUAUGGAAACCCUCCAGCUCGGAAAGACCCUCAGCGGGGCGGAAGACGAGACCGUGGAGCAGAGCGAGGAGGAAGAACUGGAAGCCCCCGGGCAAGCCGAGGCGGUUCCCGAGAGCGAGGAAUGGACAUCAGACAAGGCUACGAGUAAAGCCCAACAGAAACCCAACCCCGGCACUCCCCUCGAUUCAAAACACACAGACUCAAAUUAUAUGCCAUGAACUUUAAGUCCAGACUCAGGAAACUUUUACUAUUUAAAAAAAAG